AUGAUCGGUACCGGUACAGUCUGGCCAGCAGGGUUCAUGGACAUGAUCAGCUUCGUGUCAUCCGGCACCGUCACAGGCUGCGGCCGCGUCAAAGGAUGUGGUGUCCUGACCGGCACCGGUACCUUCACAGUCAGCGAACCAUUCACAACAACCAUCCAACCGUCACCCACAGUCAACGUCUACGUCAGCUAUUGCCCACCAGACCCAGCAGUCCAGAACCCACUCAUGAGGCUCGCAGGCAACAUCUCCGAUCCAGACGCUUAUCUGCGCUACGCAAUAUCUCCAACCCUAGCUGGUGGCAGCAACUACACACAGCUCAACAGUACCGGCAACUCAACCUCACUCGCCAAUACACUCUGCCGCGUCUGUCCCGAAGACGCUGGAAUAUGCUGCCCUCCCUUCACAGACUGCGGCGCCGAUGGCCACUGUCCCUGGAACGCACUCGAAGGUUGUGGCUACGCCAUGUUUGGUGUCAAUCUCGUCAACGUGGAUAACAGCAGCGAGAGCUUGGGUAUGGCUGCGUUGCCUCCUGGAUCUGGGUAUGUGAGACUGCGCGCGCCAGGAUUGCCGGGUAGUAAGAAGAAGGGUACGAGUGACAGUGGUGCUGCUAGUGAGGAUUCGGCGCCUGGGCUCAUGCUCAUGGUCGAAGGGGGCUUGCUCAUGGGGUGGCGCAUCAGCAUGGGCAUGGGCACUAGGUGGUUGCUGCAAGAUGUAUUGGAACGAGCUGCGAGGAAACAGCAAAUUGAGAUUUAG